AUGAAAGAGUACAACGCAAACCUUGUGUUUUGUGAGUCCACGGUUAUUAGCAGAGAAUCAGUAUGUGCAGAACAAGCUGAAAAGUUGGAGUACUAUUUUGUGAACCCUUAUGAUUGUGGAUCAAUGAUUAAUGGACAUGCAUCCAUUGCAAUUGAGAUUUUGGAGCAAGCUGGGGAUGACAUAGACUCAAUUUUCCUUUCCGUUGGAGGCGGUGGAUUUGCAUCGUCCGUAGCCUUUUUGAUAGGAAAUUUGAGACCGGAUAUGGAAGUAUUCCUCGUGGAACCUGAAGACAAACAACUCUCAAACCUUCUGGCUAACAACGUGCCUUGUUCAGUGGACACUUUGGAUACCAUGGCGGAUGGUGUCAGGGUGGCACAUGUUGGAACUCUCUGUGAGCCAAUUUUGAGAAAGUUUUGUACUGGAAAAGUAAUUAGUGUGAAGGAAGAGGAGAUCAAAGAGGCGUUGAAAUUGGACACGAGAAAUCGGAUGGAAAGAUCAAGUUGA